AUGGCGGCAGAUGCUGCAGCUUCUGCAGAGCUCGUGGGAGAGGCGGCCGGGCUCGUGGACGCCAAGGCUCUCGACGCCGAGUGGUCGAGGAAGCCUCCGCCGAGCCCCGCGAAGGAGCGGGCCGCGGCGACCUCGAAGAAGCCCCCGCGGAUCCCCACGAGGCCUGCGAGGAGGCAGGCCACGGAGACGACGGAGGCGCCGUCUGACCACGAGGUCGACCGCUUCGAGGGGGACGACGCCAGGCUCGACGACCACGAGGACAGCCGCGGCCAGGCGGAGCCCGGGCUGCGGGAGGUGCGCGGCGCGGCAGGUGGGUUGGCGCUCACCAGCGCGCGGGUGUUCCUCCACACGCAGCUGCACUCCACCGCCGCCGCGGAGGAGGCUCUCCACGCGCACCGGCGCAGGGCGGGACGCGGCGUCGCGCUCACCAGCGCGCCCGACAUCUCGCGCGCUGGCAGGAGCACCGUCUCCGAAGGCGGCACGCACAGGUGGCCGCCGAGUGGCUGGAGGCUCUUGCAUCCGGCGCGGUGA